GGAUGUUGAGAAUAAGAGGACUUUUCAGACAAUCCAAAAUUCAAUCAUAAUGCCAAUGUUUAACAGUUUUCGCAACUGGAUUUAAUCUCUGAAAGUGGACAUCUAUAAAAACAAGUUAAUGUUUUUAAUCUAUAAGUAGUUAACCUGUCUUCAGGCUUACUUUAAAGAUUAUUACAUGCAGCACUUCAUGAUUAGAAAAAAUGGCAAUGGCAAGAGCAACAUUUGAUACUUCUGGAAAAUACAAACCGAUUCAUCCAGGUUAUGCAAGACUGACAGAAUUUGUUAAUGUCACAGCUGCGAAAGUGGACAUUUUCAGUAAAUACACAGAUGUAGAGCUGGAACAUCAUACAAAAUACAUUAUGGACUUUGUCAGGUUAAUAUGUUCUGGUUUUGGGGAAUACAAUAAACUAUUCAAGACCAAGGAGCCAAUCCCCAGAGGCAGUUAUUUUGAUAAAACAAAGAUCAUCAGUCCAACAGAGUAUGACUUUCUAAAUCCAUUAUCUCUGUCUGAUGAUGCCUCAGUUCAAGUAUGUGAUGUAAGUGAUGACUGUGGCUUAGCAGGACAUGGAUAUGGAGUUGUUAAUAUUCACCCUGGACAACUGCAGCAACAACUACUUGAUCUUUAUUCAACGGAAGAUUAUGAUGAAUAUGAUUGUGACUCUGAUGAUGAUUAUGUUCUUAUCAAGCAUCCUCCCUAUGAAGUAAUUCUUCAUUCCUCACACGAUUCCCUUGGUGCUCCUGGUGAUGUCUACUGGUUGACAACAAAUAUAAGUGAAAGUCUCCAUACUGAAAUGCACACCUACUUAGAGAACACUCAUGGUUCACAUUACAUUGGCGAGAGAUAUCAUAAGUAUGAACAGCACCCUAGCUACACACUGGGGGAAUUCUCCAUGCAUGAAGAUCUACAUGGCCCUAGUGUGUGGCUGAGGGUGGGGGGACCAUUAGGCACCACAGACAUAGAUCUCUGUUUCUGUAUACGGGGAACACAGGGAUCUGUAUUGGUACCUAUAGAUUUAUAUUGUGAUAAGUGUCCUUCAUAUAUCCACUGGACUGAAUCAAUAGUGGAGCCUCAACAUCCUGGAGCCCCUGAUCACCAGUUACACAAUCCUACUGGACAUCAUAAACAGCUUUUUCUUGUAUUGAAAUACAUUUCACAUCUGUAUAGCAAGAUCUACUGGCAUAUCUACAAUGCGCGCUCACAUCUCAUCUCAUCCUACUCAUACAAACUCCUCAUCAUGCACCAUCAGAAACACUGCACAGGAUCUGACUUUUAUAUAGGAAGAUGUUUUGAAGAUGUAGUAGAAUACAUAUUCAAUCAAUUUAGAGGAGAUGAUGAUGAUUCAGAUCUAUACAGACUAUAUAGAGAGGACAUUUAUCUACCAGAUACAUAUUACCCUGAUAGGGAGGUGAGGGUUGUGAAUGGUUAUUCCAACAGGAUGGAACUUACUGUACUACUGUUUAUGUUGAAACAUGUCAAACACAGCAAUGACACACAAUGGUGGCAGAAACUACUGGAUGAUGAGUUCCCAAACAAUGUCUCAAGUGGUGAUGUUUUAUUUCAAUCCUUGUUAGAUUUAGUCAAACAUGUGUGGGAUGCAUUGCUACAGGGAGAGCUAACUGAGCACAUAGAUUGGCAGCAUGAGGAUGGCACAAGGACACAUCUCACAAUCACCAGAUAUUAGAUGUCUAACAAUACCAGAACAAUGAAGUGAAUAAUAUAAUACACAGCACUGGAAUUACUUCAUUCAACAUGAAUAACAUUUAAUAUAAAGCAUAAUUUAUUAAUAAGAAUAAUCACCAGCUAUAUACUGGGAUAAACUAUAUACUAAUUUUAGGAUACUAUAUUAUACAUAAAUGAUAACUAUACAUGUCAAUAUAUUCUUACGCACUAACAACAGGAUAUACUAUAUAUAUAAACUAUUAUACAUUGACUAUUGUUGAAAGGUUUUGAAUAUGAUACACCCGGUUAUAUGGAGAUAAUUUUUGGUAUCUUGAAAUGUUUUCUAUCUAGGGACAGUGUCAAAAUGUUGACAGUUUUGGCUAAAAUAUUAAUUUAAUCAUUAUGUAACCCCUCACCUAUUUUAAAACAAACAAAAAAUGUUUUUACUAUUUGCUUUCCAUGUUUACUUUGAUUUGGCCACGCUUAGUUAUCCCAAUGAAUGAAGUUCAGUAGAGAUAUAGUGAAGCCCUCCGUCCGUCCGUCAGUCUGUCAGUCCGUCAGUCAGUCCGGAAGAUAACUCGAUUACUAGUCGACAGAUUUUCUUCAUAUUUGGUGGAAAGAUGUAUAUUGGUG